GUAAAGCAGCUCAACCGGAACAAGAGCCUGAGCCGGUUGGCUGUGGGGGGACCGAAUGGCUCAGGCCUCCGCACUUCUUUCCAGGCCACUCCACGUACACACGGCCGCAGGCCGCUGAGACAUAGGCGUCCAGAAGUUGCAGGAUCCGGACUUCCAGGGCCGGGCAUUGCCAGAGGGCCGCAAGCCCGGAGUCGGCAAGGCCCCGCCCACAGCUCCGCCCCGCCGGCCUCCGCCCGCGGGUCCCGGGUGCUGGAGCUCGCGGGCGGCAGGUGAGCGGCCUCUCGGCUCCCAGCGUGCGCAGUCUGCCGGCACCCCGGAGAGGCUGGGCUUCCGCGGAACCUGGCCGAGAGUCAGCUGCCCAUGGGCUUUCGGAGUGGCUGCCUCACACUGCCGCCAGCCAGGCCUGCACCCGCGGGAUCCUCGAGGGGCUCUGGCUGGCCUCGAUGGAGCUCCUCCCGGUCCCUGUUGCUUCUGCUGCUUUUGCCCCUGUCUGCGAUGUCCUCCACAGACCGGGACUGGCAGUGCCCGCGCACGCCCUACGCCGCCACCCGCAACUUUGAUGUGAGGUAUGUGGUGCCCUUUUUCUCCGCGGGCGGCCUCGUGCAGGCCGUAGUGACCUAUGAGGGCGGCCAGGACGGCAGUGCCGCGUUCGUGGCCACUCGCAAUCGCCUGCACGUGCUUGGGCCUGCCCUGCAGUUUGUCGAGAGCCUGGCCACCGGCCCUGCUGGAGACCCGAGCUGCCAGACCUGCGCGGCCUGUGGACCAGGCCCCCACGGGCCGCCAGGUGACACAGACACGCUGGUGCUAGUGCUGGAGCCCUGGCUCCCCGCCCUGGUCAGCUGUGGCUCCAGCCUGCGGGGCCGCUGCUUCCUGCAUGAGCUGGAGCCCCACGGAGGAGCCUGGCGUCUGGCGGCACCCGCCUGCCUCUUCUCUGCCCACCGAAACCGGCCUGAGGACUGCCCCGACUGUGUGGCCAGCCCCCUGGGCACCCGGGUGACUGUGGUUGAGCAGGGCCAGGCCUCUUACUUCUAUGUGGCAUCCUCGCUGAACACAACGGUGGCUGCCAGCUUCAGCCCCCGCUCCGUGUCCAUCCGGCGCCUCAGGGCUGACGCCUCAGGAUUUGAAACGGGCUUUUCGGCGCUGUCGGUGCUGCCCAAAUACCUGGACUCCUACCGUAUCGAGUACGUGCACAGCUUCCACUCGGGAGCCUUUGUCUACUUCCUGACUGUGCAGCCUACCAGUGUGACAGACACUCCUGGUGCCCUUCACACGCGCCUGGCACGGCUCAAUGCCCUGGAGCCGGAGUUGGACGACUACCGGGAGCUGAUCCUCGACUGCUCUUUUGCACCUAAACGCCGCCGCCGCAGGGCCGCAGAGGGUGGGCAGUCCUACCCGGUGCUUCAGGCGGCCCACUCAGCUCCCGUGGGUGCCCAGCUCGCCUCUGAACUAAGCAUCACCGAGGGCCGUGAAGUGCUGUUUGGAGUCUUUGUGACCGGCAGGGGUGGUGGCCCUGGCAUGGGCCCCUACUCUGUAGUCUGUGCCUUCCCCAUUGACAUGCUAAACACGCUCAUUGAUGAGGGUGUGGAACUCUGUUGUAAGUCCUCUGUUAUCUCUGGCCUUCGACGGGGCCUCGACUUCUUCCAGACACCCAGUUUUUGCCCUAACCCGCCAGACCCAGAGGCUCCUAGCCCCAACAUCAGCUGCCGCUACUUCCCUCUGCUGGUCAGGAGCAGCUUCCCACGCGUGGACUUAUUCAACGGGCUUUUAGGACCCGCGCAGAUCACUGCGCUGUAUGUAACACGCCUUGGCAAUGUCACAGUGGCCCACAUGGGCACGGCUGAUGGACGUAUCCUGCAGGUGGAGCUAGCCAGGUCACUCAACUACUUGCUGUAUGUGUCCAACUUCUCACUGGGCAGCAGCGGGCAGCCCAUUCAGCGAGAUGUCAGCCGCCUCGGGGACCACUUACUCUUCACCUCUGGGGACCAGGUCUUCCAGGUACCUAUCCGGGGCCCCGGCUGCCGCCACUUCCUCACCUGUAGGGGUUGCCUGCGAACACAGCGCUUCAUGGGCUGUGGCUGGUGUGGAGACAGGUGUGGCAGACAGGAAGAAUGUCCUGGCUCCUGGCAACAAGAUCACUGUCCACCUAUACUCACUGAGUUCCACCCCCACAGUGGGCCCCUAAGGGGCAACACGAGGCUGACUCUGUGUGGCUCCAACUUCUACUUGCACCCUCAUUCUCCGGUACCAGAGGGAACCCACCAGGUCACAGUGGGCCAAAGUCCCUGCCGGCUGCUGCCUCAGGACACUGCAAACCUCAGCCCGACACCCCAGAAGGACUUUGUAGAGGAGCUUGAGUGUGAGCUGGAGCCCUUGCACACCCAGGCAGCGGGGACUACCAACAUCAGCCUCACCGUGACUAACGUGCUGCCGGGCAGGCACUUCCGUGUGGAGGGCACCGCCCUGCGGGGGAGUUUCUCUUUCAUGGAGCCGGUGCUGACAGCCGUGCGACCCCUCUUUGGCCCGCGGGCAGGGGGUACCCUUGUCACCCUUGAAGGCCAGCACCUGUCUGUAGGCACCAGCCGGGCUGUGCUGAUCAAUGGGACUCAGUGCCAGUUGAAAGAGGUCACCGAGGGGCGGAUAGUAUGUGCCACGCCCCCCGGUGCUGCUACGGCCAGUGUCCCGCUUGGCCUGCAGGUGGGGGGUGCCGCGGUGCCCGGUUCCUGGACCUUCCACUACAAGGAGGACCCCAUUGUGCUGGGUAUCACCCCCAACUGCGGCUACACUGGCUCCCACGUCACCAUCCACGGCCAGCAUCUGACUUCAGCAUGGCACCUAACACUGGCAUUCCAUGAUGGGCAAAAGGCAGCAGAGAACAGGUGUGAGGGGCCGCUUCCGGAGCAGCAUCGAUGCCAUCUGCCUGAAUAUGUGGUCCGAGACCCCCGGGGGUGGGUAAUAGGGAAUCUGAGUGUCCAGGGGGAUGGAGCUGCUGGCUUCACCCUGCCCAGCUUUCGCUUCCUACCCCCACCUCGUCCACCCAGUGCGGACCUAGCCCCGCUGAAGCCUGAGGAACACGCUGUGAAGUUCCAGUACAUCGGGCUGGAUGCUGUGGCUGACUGCGUUGGUGUAAAUGUGACUGUGGGCGGUGAGAGCUGCCAGCACGAGCUCCGGGGGGACGUGGUGGUCUGUCCCCUGCCUCUCUCGGUGCAACUCAGCAAGGACGGCGUCCCGUUGGAGGUGUGUGUGGAUGGUGAUUGUCACGUCCUGGGUAGAGUGGUCCGGGCAGCCCCAGAGGGCGUCCCCCAGAACACGCUUCUUACCACCCUGCUGGGCCUGGGCCUGCUCCUGCUCAUGGUUUUCCUGGCUGCUGCCCUCGCCUUAGCCUACCAGUGGCGGAGGAAGCAACUAGUCCUUUCUCCCCACCCGGAUGACCGGGCACCCCCGGGCCAGACUGCUGGAGCUGCACUCCUGCGUGCGCUCCACUCAGGCUCUGACAGUGGAGAUGAUCUGGCACUCUCUGCCCUUGAUGGUCCACGUUCUCCCACUGGGGCCCAUGCGGAAUCCUUCUCAGAUGGCAAGGACGCGUCCUCUGUCCCUCUGCUGCGGACAGAGUCCAUCCGGCUCAGGGACCUGAGCUCAGCACUCCUGGCCGAGGUCAGGGAUGUGCUGAUUCCUCAUGAGCGAGUGAUCACCCACAGUGACCAAGUCAUCGGCAGAGGCCACUUCGGGGUUGUCUACCAUGGGGAAUAUACAGACGAGGCCCAGAAUCGGACCCAUUGUGCCAUCAAGUCACUCAGUCGCAUCACGGAGGUGCAGGAGGUGGAGGCCUUCCUCCGUGAGGGGCUGCUCAUGCGGGGCCUGCACCACCCGAACGUGCUGGCUCUCAUCGGGAUCAUGCUGCCCCCCGAGGGGCUGCCCAGUGUGCUGCUGCCCUACAUGCGCCACGGAGACCUGCUCCAUUUCAUCCGCUCGCCUCAGCGGAACCCCACUGUGAAGGACCUCAUCGGCUUCGGCCUGCAGGUGGCCCGGGGUAUGGAGUACCUGGCGGAACAGAAGUUCGUGCACAGGGACCUGGCUGCUAGGAACUGCAUGCUGGACGAGUCAUUCACCGUCAAGGUGGCGGACUUUGGCCUGGCCCGUGACGUCCUGGACAAGGAGUACUACAGCGUCCGUCAGCAACGCCACGCUUGCCUGCCUGUCAAGUGGAUGGCGCUGGAGAGCCUGCAGACCUACAGAUUCACCACCAAGUCUGACGUGUGGUCAUUUGGUGUGCUUCUGUGGGAACUGCUAACACGGGGUGCCCCGCCAUACCCCCACAUUGAUCCUUUUGACCUCAUCUGCUUCCUGGCCCAAGGUCGGCGCCUGCCUCAGCCUGAGUAUUGUCCCGAUUCUCUGUACCGGGUGAUGGAGAGGUGCUGGGAGGCAGACCCAGCAGCACGACCCACCUUCAGAGCACUGGUGGUAGAAGUGGAGCAGGUUGUGGUCUCGCUGCUCGGGGACCACUAUGUGCAGCUGUCCGCAGCCUACGUGAACCUGGGCCCUAGCACCCUGGAGGGGGCGAGUGCGCUCCCGGAACAUCUGCGGUCCUCGCCUGUGCACAGGAGUGUGUCUCGGCCCCGACCCCUCUCAGAGCCGCCUCUGCCCACCUGACCUGGGUCCUGGGAAGGCCCAUGGGGCUGAACUUGCUUAGUGGCCUUGAGCCAAGCCCUGAUGGCCUCCGGGCCGUGCCAGGCUGGAGGAUGUGGGGUUUCCACCUCGUGCCUGCCCUUUAACCUCCAGGGAGUGGUGGAGGGCACAUGGGUCUCUCACUGCACAGUGAGCCGGUGUGAGCGACCCUUCCGUAACACGUCCCUAUGGAGCACGCUCUGUGCCGUGCCUGCUGGACACAGAGGACAUGGCAGCGACACAAAGACACUCACCUCUGAGCCAAUAAAAAAAAUGAAUAUUCAUGUACAAA